UUCCGGGGCUGUUUUCUCCCCCUCCCUUCUUGCCUCUCCGUUCAUAUAACCCAGGCUGCCUGCAGCCUGUCUUUGCCCACUUGACUCACUGGCCCUGAGCACGGAAAGGAGCAGAGAGUCUCUGAGAAUGGGCACUUUCUUCUCUGAGCCAGGAUGGCUUUGCCUGACUGUCACCGCAGUGCUGGGAGGAACAAUUUUUUGCAAACUCAAGAAGAGCCAAGGGCAGGUGGGGAGAAAGGUGGUCUGCCUGGCGGGCCUCUGGGGAGGGGCUUGCCUGCUCAGGCUGUCCCUCUUCUGGGGCUUGAUCCUCUUCUCCCUGUCAUGUUUCCUCGUAUAUACUUACUUUUCUGGCCAAGAGUUGUUACCUGCGGAUCAGAAGGCGGUGCUGAUCACAGGUGGCGAUUCUGGGAUUGGCCAUGCCUUGUCCAAGUAUCUGGACGAGUUGGGCUUCACAGUAUUUGCUGGAGUUCUGGAUGAAAAGGGAUCAGGAGCAGAGGAAUUACGAAGAACCUGCUCCAAGCGUCUCUCCGUGCUCCAGCUGGACAUCACCAACCCGCAACAGAUAAAAGAUGCCCACAGCAAAGUGAAGGAAAAGGUGCAGAACAGAGGACUGUGGGCUGUGGUCAACAAUGCUGGGGUCCUUGGCCUCCCAACUGACGGGGAGCUCAUUCCCAUGACCGAAUACAAACGAUGCAUGGCCGUGAACUUCUUCGGGGCCGUGGAAGUCACGAAGGCAUUUUUGCCUCUUCUUAGGAAAUCCAAGGGGAGGCUGGUGAACAUCAGCAGCAUGGCAGGAGGGGUUCCAAUGGAGAAGAUGGCAGCCUAUAGCUCAUCCAAGGCAGCUCUGACCAUGUUUUCAGCAGUCAUGAGACAAGAGCUAUCCAAAUGGGGAGUUAAAGUCUCUGUUAUCCAGCCCGGAGGCUUCCGAACAAACAUCACAGGCACGAGUGACAUGUGGGACAAGCUGGAGAAGAACAUCCUGGACCACCUCACCCCUGACGUGCAAGAGGACUACGGCCAGGACUAUAUCCUUAGGGAACGCAAUUUUCUCAUGCUAAUGCAAACCUACUCUGUCAUGGACGUCUCCCCAGUGCUCCUGGACGUCCAGCAUGCCAUCUCUGCUAAGAGCCCCUUUGCAUUUUAUGCCCCGGGGAAGAUGUCUUAUCUGUGGCUCUGCUUUGUUUCCUUUAGCCCUACUGGCAUAUUUGAUUAUUUUAGCAAAAAAGUGCACAGCCAUGGAAAGAGCACGCCCAGAGUGUUAAGCAAGCCUGACUGGAAGAAUGAGGCCGUGCAGGCAAAUCAGUGGGAGCUGUUAGAGCCUUGGAAUGAGAGGGCGUCUCGAGCUUCCCGUUAAAGUUGUGGUUUCCUACCUUGCAGCCCCUGUGAGCUCUGUUGGUUGAAUAGUGAGACAGCAGGGAAGAGGGCAGGGCACAACCUUGAAAAGAAUGACAUAGACAUUGAGCAUAUGACAUGAAACUGGUUAGAACCGACUAGGCCCAAGAUGGCAGAAGAUUCAACUUCCAGGGGACCUUCUGCCUCAUUAUACGCUCACUGUAAUAUAUUACCUAAAUGACACACCCACUGGCGCCGUAAUAGUUCUGAGGCGACCAUAAAAAGCCAAAAAGUGGGCGGUGGCCCAAUUCCUGGAAAUCCCCACCCCUUCCCCGAAAUAGUUGGAAUAAUCCUCCCACUCGUGAGCCUAUGAAAUCACCCAGCCCAUAAAAACUAACCACCCCAUAUCUUGGGGUGCUCUCAAGCCUUUUGAGAUGGACCAAAUUCUGUCUAUGGGGUGUGUAUCUCUCUCAGUAAAUCUACUUCUUACCUAUCACUUUGUCUCUCACUGAAUUCCUUCUGUGAUGAGACAUAAAGAACCUGAGCUUCAUUAAGUCAUGACACCAGGUGUGCGAUUUCAGUUAAAAGACGGUGGGUUUGAGUCUCAGUCUGGGUUGUGAGGUUUCAGUAGGACUUACUGCAGGGUGGAAAUGAUCACCAUGGAGAGCAUUAAUUGGGUGUUUACACUGAAUACAUUUCAGAUAUUCUCUCAUCUAGUUCUCAUUUGAGAAUGGAGGUAGGAAACUUCACCCCUACUUCAUAGGUAAGGGAAUUAAGGAUCAGAGAAGUUAAGUUCCUAGUUCAUUGUCACACAGCUAACAAAAGGUAGAGCUAGAAUUGAAAUCCAGGUUGGACUACACUGCCUGCCAGGAGAGACAGAAGAGAAAGAGAGAUGAAGAGGGAAAAGAGAGAGGAAAGGGAGAAAAGGAGGAGGAAAUGGUAAGGACCACAGUCAAAUCGAGUCUUUCUCACUGUGCAUUGAUAGCCUACUGUAACUACUGCUUCCAAGGUAUUGGAUUCAUUGUAUGUAAUCAGCGCUCCAUGCCCCUCUUCUCCCUUCCUCUACCAGGAGCCCUGGGGAUAAUAAGAUGAGGUCUCCCGUCUCAAGCAGCGCCCCUGAGGUCUUUUGGCAGACAUGGGGCAUGUGACUGGCUGGGUUUGGUGUCCAUAGUAACCAUCCCUGUGGCCUCCAUCUGAGCAUCCAGGAUGGAAAAGGCAGCAUUAUCGCUUGGAGAAGGCCAGCUGAAAGGAGCAACGUCAGAUACUAAGGGAGGUGUAGCCAAGUUCACCUGGUAGAGGCAAAAGGGGAGGAGCUGGUGAACAGAGGGGGCAUGAAAGUAACCAGAAAAAACCCAGCUUGACAUGAGGGAAGCAGAGGUCCAGAUAUCUUGCUCAUUGCAAACCUCCCUUUGUCCCAUUUCCUUUCUAGAAUGUGCAGGUUUUCUAUUUUCCAACCCCAUGGAGGUUUGGGGAGAGUAGAUAAACUGACAAUGCUCUGUGAUUUCACCCCAAAGAAAAUAAUAAAAAAAGAUAUAGUGAGAUAAAUAGUUAUAAAAUACUAAUAUGAUACAUUUUUAAUGGCUGGUCAUGCUAACUGUCCAGUGGUUCUACAGCAUUGUUUUAGGGUAGAACAGAAAAAAAAAAAGAAGAAAAAAAAUCAAGUGUUAAGUACUGAUUUCCAAAAUAGGCACUUUUUGGGGAUAAGAGUUAUGAAGCCCAAGGCUUCCAUUUGCAUGAUUUGGAUGUUGAGAGAACAAAGUUUUUAUACAACCUGCUGUCCAAGGUUUGGAGGACUGAGGAUUGUGUGUUUCACUCUAAGCCAGUGGUUCUCAGACUGUGGUCCCUGGACCUGCAGCAUCAGCAUCACCUGAGAACAGUUGACCUAAAAUAAUAAAACAGUUAUUAUUUUA